AGGCAAAGCAUACAGUGAUGGUGUAGGGACCUCUGCUGGAUUAUAGAGUGAGCUGACUUGGGAUACAUUCAUGGCUUAAUGAAAUUGUUAAGGCUUGGAGUAGAGGAACGCCUCCCAGUGUCAAUUAAACGGUUUGAGCUCAGAGCCUGGUGAUCUCUACAGAGUAAUUCACAGCUCACAGUACACUAGCACCAAAGGCAACAUUGUCAUCACUGAACACAAGAUGUUUCUCAUUGAACUGAACUUCAUGUCCUUCUUUGAGACUGCUCUCACUUCAGUCCUGUCUGUGCUCUUUCUCCUGGCUGUAUCUCACCAGUUGUGGUCCUUAAGGUGGCACAGUACUAGGGACAGAGGAUGCAAUCUACCCCUUCCUAAAGGCUCAAUGGGAUGGCCAUUUUUUGGGGAGACAUUGCAUUGGCUUGUUCAGGGGUCGGAUUUCCACAGUUCAAGAAGAGAGAGAUAUGGCAAUAUAUUCAAGACUCAUCUCCUGGGGAAGCCAGUAAUCCGUGUAACUGGAGCAGAGAACAUCCGCAAGAUCUUACUAGGGGAGCACAGCCUGGUGAGCACCCAGUGGCCCCAGAGCACCCAAAUCAUCCUGGGCUCCAACACUCUAGUGAACUCUAUUGGGGACCUUCACAGACAGAAGAGAAAGAUCAUGGCUAAGGUGUUCAGCCACUCUGCCCUGGAGAGCUACCUCCAUCGGAUCCAGGAGGCGGUGAGUGGGGAGAUCCAUGCCUGGUGCCGGGAGUCGGACUGUAUAGGCGUGUACCCCUCAUCCAAAGCCAUGACUUUCCGCAUAGCCGCCCGCAUCCUUCUGGGGCUCAGCCUGGGGGACCAACAAUUCAAAGAGCUGGCCAAAGUCUUCGAACAGCUGGUGGAGAAUCUCUUCUCAUUGCCCCUGGACAUCCCAUUCAGUGGGCUUCGAAAGGGGAUUAAAGCCAGGGAUACUUUGCACCAAUAUAUGGAGGAAGCGAUUAAACAGAAGAUAUCGGGACGAGAUUCAGAUGUGUGCGAAGAAGAUGCAUUAGAUUAUUUGAUAAAUAGCGCCAAGGAGCAUGGGAAAACGCUCAGCAUGCAGGAGCUUAAGGAAACGGCGAUAGAGUUAUUAUUUGCUGCGUUCUUCACCACAGCUAGCGCUAGUUCAUCUCUCAUCCUGCUGUUGCUGAAACACCCGUCAGCCAUUCAGAAAAUCAGGCAGGAGCUCAUAUCACAAGGACUUCACAAGCAGUGUCAAUGUGGGUACCAGUCUUCUCCUGAAAACCCCAACAACAACAUUCCAUCACUUUCUGACCACGUCCUCUUAGAUGGUCCAUGUCAGACCAGUGGUUGCCAUUUGCCCAUGAUCCUGAGAUCUGAAGGACAUGUGGAGGACAUCUGGGAUCAACCUAACUGUAUGUUGGUGGAAAAAAAACAAAGGGACAUCAUACAGCCUGUGUACAGGAGGACCCAAAAUAACAUGACGUGUGAAGAAAAGUGCAACGAAUCAAUCUACAAACAAAAUACAUCUUCCAAUGACUUGACUUAUACUAACAUGCAAGGAUGGAGGUCUGGAUGUGCAUGUGAACUGAGUCUCAGCCUGGACAAAUUAAAGGGACUUCACUACCUGGACAAUGUGGUCAAGGAGGUCCUCAGGCUCUUGCCACCAGUUUCUGGAGGCUACAGAACAGCCCUUCAAACUUUUGAAUUGGAUGGUUACCAGAUUCCUAAGGGCUGGAGUGUGAUGUAUAGUAUCAGAGAUACACAUGAAACAGCUGAAGUCUACAAAAAUGCAGAGCUCUUUGAUCCAGACCGAUUUGGUCCAGAAAGAAACGAAGGGAAAAUUGGACGGUUUAACUAUAUUCCUUUUGGAGGGGGAGUUAGAAGUUGCAUCGGAAAAGAGUUAGCGCAAACGAUUCUCAAAAUCCUGGCUAUUGAGCUUGUGGGCACGGCUAAAUGGGAGCUCGCCACCCCAAACUUCCCCAAAAUGCAAACUGUCCCUAUAGUUCACCCCGUUGAUGGACUUCAAGUUUUCUUCAGGUUUUUGGGUUCUACUGAAAACGACAGGGUGUCAAAAAAGGCGUGAUUAUCCAGACUUUGAACAAUGUGUCCUUACUGUUCAGACUUUUCGAAGUGGGCACAAGAAGGGGCAAGCGUUACGUUGCCCAAUAUUUUGGCACUCGAGAUUAUUUUGUCAAUUUCUGCAACAGUGUAUGAACAAUCUGUUAUGUAGUCACGUCCAGGAACACAAACCGAAAUACUAAAAACAAACAAAAUAAAAAACCCCAACAGAUUAUACUAUUUAUAAUGUAAUAUUUAUAUGUCAGUUAGUUAUAAAAGACAAUGGACAAUAUUGAGUUAAAGGAGCAAUGGAAGAUAUUUUAUUCACUUGCAUGGUAUAUUGUAAGAUGUAACUGUAUAAUCAGCACUAACAUAAUGUUACUAAAAAUUUAUGGCUAGGUUA